CACAUUUUUCUUUCAUUUUCUUUUUUCAUUUUCGGAGAGAGAGAGAGAGGCUGAGAAAGAAAAGAAGAAAAAGGGAAAAGAGGAAGAAAGGGGAAGAACUAUGAGCAACUAGGGUUUGAAGAAAAAAUUGAAGAGGUUCUGGCGUUUAGUAGCUCGCGUGUGAUCUUAGUCGGAGUUUCUUCCGAGUUAUUUGGAGAUUAGGACGAUGGCUGCAGGAAGGAAUGUUGACAUUAAUGUUGAGGCAAUGAUGAGGUGGACUGGUGCGAUUGGACAAGCGCUGCAAGAGAAUGUCGGUUAUGGAGGAAAGGAUGAGUUUCGUGCUUUUGGAGACUUUCAAAGGUGCAACCCGCCGAUCUUUGAAGGAGGGUAUGGACCGGACAAAGCGCACACAUGGAUGAGAGGAAUUGAGAAGAUAUUUCAAGUCGUGAGUUGUACUGAUGUACAAAAGGUACAGUUUGGUACUCACAUGCUGACAAAAGAAGCUGACGUUUGGUGGAGUAAUACUGUACGGAGAUUUGAAAUAGAAGGUAUUGAAGUUACUUGGACUCUUUUCUGUGAUGCAUUUUUGGGAAACUAUUUUCCAGAAGAUAUGCGUGGAAAGAAAGAAGUGAGGUUUCUACAGUUGAAACGAGGAGGAGAAAAGUUCUGUGAGAAAUCGUAUGAUGACAUGAGGGAACAAUCUGGUCUUGGCAAGAAGCCAAGUGGGGGAGGAGCUUCUACUUCGAUUAAGUGCUACAGGUGUGGCGAGACGGGUCACAACACUGUUGAUUGUGGAGUUGGUUCGAGUAGGAUUUGCUACAGUUGUGGUGAGCAAGGACACAAUUGUGCCAUGUGCGAUAAGCCAAAGAAGGAGCAAGCGAGAGGAAAAGUGUUUGUGUUGCCUGGUGCUGAGACCACUGCUAAAGAGAAGAUAAUAUGAGGUAUUCGAGUAUGAAGAUUUAGUUGCCGUUACUUGAGUCGGUUGUCGCUCUGAUACGUAGCACUCUGGGGGGAACGAUUUAUGUCAUUCAUGAUGUUGUUGUUUAAUUAUGUUAUCUUGGUUGAACAAAAUGAUAAGUUAACUGAAGAUAUUUUAUUGAAUACUUGUUUAAGUGAUUCCGCUGUGUUUUAAUAAAAUAAGUUAUUCUGUUUCAAA